GUCGCCAUUUUCUAGCAAAGAAACACUGUUGUUAGGUGGGCCCUCAGGACCGGUUGUGUCACAGUUGGUAUGGCAGCCGCUAUGUCAACGCUGCCGCUGCGAGUGGCAGUGGUGUGCUCGAGCAACCAGAACCGGAGCAUGGAGGCGCACAACAUCCUCAACAAACGGGGAUUCAUUGUCCGUUCUUUUGGAACGGGAACCCAUGUAAAGCUCCCGGGACCAGCACCUGACAAGCCAAAUGUUUACGAUUUCAAAACGACCUACGACCAGAUGUACAACGACCUCGUUCGCAAGGAUAAAGAUCUCUACACGCAGAACGGCAUUUUACAUAUGCUGGAUAGGAAUAAGAGGAUCAAGCCCCGCCCAGAAAGGUUCCAGAACUGUAGAGAUAUUUUCGAUCUGAUUCUUACCUGCGAAGAGAGAGUGUACGAUCAGGUGGUGGAAGAUCUGACUUCAAGAGAACAAGAAACCUGCCAGCCGGUACAUGUGAUCAACGUGGAUAUCCAAGACAACCUUGAAGAAGCCACCCUGGGCGCCUUCCUCAUCUGCGAGCUAUGCCAGUGCAUUCAGCACACUGACGACAUAGAUAACGACAUCGACGAGCUGCUCCAAGAGUUUGAGGAGAAGAGCGGCAGAGCCUUCCUGCACACUGUCUGCUUCUACUAACCGGCCUGACCUAACCUGACGUUGGUUGCACCACCCACCCUCAAGAAGCCAUUUUUUCGGCUUUCUUUUGUCAGUACUUUGAACUUCUUCGUGUCCGUUUUUACUUAUUCUGCUGGCAGUGGGUAGUGGUACCCGAUAAACGGUACUUACGAAAUGAGAAGAUACACAUCAAGGCCAAACCAACACCAGUCAAGUUUGUUCUCUCCCGCUUUUAUUUGUGAGUGGGAUGUUGAUUAUAAAGUUUUUUCCUCUAACAAACAAACAAAAACAAACAAAAAAACCCAAAACCUUUAAAUAAACAGUGGUUUAU